AAAACACCAGCUAAAGAUGGGCUAAAUUAAAUAUAUUUGAGACGGGCCUUCCUAAACUAUCUACACAUACACUCUGGAUGGCGGGAAAAUAAAAACCUGCAACAAUUGCAAUUAGCGCACUCGCCAUCGUCCACCGCAAAUAGAAUCAAAGCGCUGUCGUUUGAGAGAGUCAGAGAGAUGUCGGAAGAGAAGAAAGAUGAUGAGGCGACGGAGAAUGUGGUUGCGGAAGCGGAGCUGCCGAAGACUAUCGUGCGCCGGGUGGUAAAGGACAAGCUUUCCCAGCUCUCCACCGGCUCCGAGAUUCCCGUGCUCCGCGACUCGCUCAUUGCCUUCUCUGAGAGCGCUCGCAUCUUCAUCCACUACCUGUCCGCUACGGCAAAUGACAUAUGUAAGGAGUCGAACAGACAAAUAAUUAAUGCAGAAGAUGUAUUCAAGGCCCUGGAAGAGAUAGAAUUUCCAGAGUUUAUUGGGCCUCUGAGAGAUUCACUCGAAGAGUUUAGACAAAGGAAUGCCGGGAAGAAGCAGUCUAAGGCAAAACAAACAAACACGAAAGCAAAACGGAAAGAGCCACCCCCACCUGAGCCCAAUGAAGGUCAAAACAAACGACAGGCGAGUGAGGCGGUCGCCUCAGCUCCCUUGGAGGAUUGAGACCCCAAAUAUAUAGGAUCUUGGAAGAUUCGGACCCCAAAUAUAUAUAUUCAAUUGUGAACACAUAAUGAUAAUUCUAUGUAAAACAUAAUGGAAAUGUUGUGAAAAAAUGUUGAAUCUAUCGUAGAUCUUUAUGAUUUAAGGGUUGAAAAUGAUUUUUAGGUUAUAUUUUUAAAUGGACUUUUAUUUGGCAA